AGCAGCGCCCCCUUUUGUUCUUCCCUUCUAAAACAGGGGGAGAGAAAAUAAUCUCCGGUUCUGUCGCGCCGUCGCGGACUCGCGGUUUCCCCCCUCCUCACCAACUCCUCCGUUUGAUUCGGUUCGGCGACUACGUGCGGAUUUCUUGACCCUCCCGAUGCGUACGAUUCCGUAUCUGAUCGGGGUCGUGUGGAUUUAUAUUGGUUGUCGGUCUUGAUUCGGCGAGGCAAUCGCAGCGAUGGAGGGUGGGACUAUUGAUUCGAUCGCCGCGCAGCCGACUCCCGCACUCUAGGUUCACUGUGGAGUUGAGGUGAGUAUCUUCAUCUAAGAUAGCAUGAGCACUGUCAGCAGCACAAGGCGUGCCCCGAGGAGACUGUCGCAAGAUGGGUCUGCUGAUAAAGUAGUGGUGAACUUGGAAGCAAGCUCCCCAGUGGUGGGAAGUUCACCGAGCUUCCCAGUGGCGGGAAGCCGUCAGGGAGUAUCAGCCACUGUUGCUGGCGCACAAAACUCACCUAUUGAUGUGGAAGCCAUUGAAGAUGAAGUGCAGGCAAUAUCGCCAUCACGAGUACCCCCUCCAAGGAGAAACAGGAGAACCAGGAGGCAACCUGUAACAGUGGUUGACUUGGAGGUUGAGGGUAGCCAGCAAGGGAACAAGCGCCAGAGGGUUGUACAUUGCCUCUCUCAAAAUAGGGGAGAAGGGUCCAGCUUUCAGGCAAAUAAGGAGGUCCCCAAGGAACCAACUUUUACCUGCCCGAUAUGUUGGAAUAAGAUGGAGGAGCCCGCCACAACACCUUGUGGCCAUAUCUUCUGCAACACGUGCAUUAAGCAAGCCAUCAAGGUUCAGAAGAGAUGUCCUACGUGCAGGAAGGGCCUGAGAGCAACUAGCGUCCAUCGUAUUUAUCUUCCAAGCACCGCUAGUUAAGGUCAAUUGGCUGUAUCAGAAACUUCUGAUACAAUAAGGAUGUGCAAUUAGGAUCAGAAGUUCUCUCUCAGUGUGAACAAUAGAUGGAUAUUUCACCCAGUCUGUAUCAUGUAACUGCGUCACCAGGAGCUCAUCGGCUCAUUGCGACAACUUCCUGAGAAGGGAAGUGGAUAGCUUCAGUUUUACUCAUCACUUGUUGCACCUACAACUUCAGAAUAUUAUUGUGUUGUAUGUAUUAGGUAAUUGGCUUAGUUGAUUAGUGUAACUGGUAUUUGCUUCAAUCUGAAAUGAUAAUAGUGAGUUGCAAAAUUUAGCAUUUAUGGAUGUUCUUUUUUUGGCA